CCUAUUCGACGACGCUCCACCGAGGCAUUAACCAUCUUGUCCACCUUUCUCCUCGUCCUUCCCAUCCUCUUCAGCGCGCCCUAUGAUGAGCCGUCUCGACUUCUCAGAACGACCGCGACUGCCGCCUCCGUCAUCUCUCUUCCGUCACGCGGACUAUUCUCCACCGUCUGGUGGCAGCAGUGGCGCCGUCGGCGGAACAGGAGGCGAGCGACAUCGCCCAAUGCUGCCCUCGCCAUCUCAUGCACUGCCCAGACUGCCAACAGCUUCGACUCUUCCCCCGCCACCCAUGGCCGCGGUACGAGAGCGUCACUACGAGAGCUUGACGCCUGCCACGCCUUUGCAGCCUCCUUCACUAGUGCCUACGGGUAUGCCUUCAGCGUACCAUCAUCACCGUGACGUGGCGCCGCUGCCGCACCACGCGCAGCCUAUCUCUCAGGCUUGGAACGGAGGAAACGCCCACCACGUGCAUGACGGCUACCAUCAUAUGCCACAGAGACCAACACAUCCGCCCUUGCCGACACCCCCCAUCUCGGCCCACGGCACGCACGGCUUCGCUUGGGACGCGCCCCAGCACCCCGACAUGGGCGAUGGUAGUGGGAGUAGCAACAGCGGAUGGUAUGGCAUGGGAAGCAGCGUAUCGUCCAUGCUACCUCGUAAGAGGCUGCGUAAUAGUCGAUCAUGUGCCGAAUGUCAAAGGAGGAAAACUCGGUGUGACGCAGUGGGGGCCUUCCCUGGAGAGGCAGGCUACACGGGAACCUCUCCUCCUUCGCACAGCAACGCUAGCGAGGAAGACAUGAUCGUCGUUCAGCCAUGCACGAACUGUGUCCGAAGCGGUGUCGAUUGUCAGUACUCGCGUCGACCUGCCAAGAGAGGGCCAUCCAAGGGAUACAUUAAGGACCUCGAGACGCGCCUCAACACACUGCAGCAAGAGCAGACGUCGACUGCAGCAUCUCAGGAAGAGCGUCGCCUAUCAGAGUCGCCUUCAUCUCGAGGCGAGCAGCUCCCACUGUCCAGUCGCCAGACAUCAAUGGCCAGGACCAGUAUUAGCAGCCACCACGCGUCCUGCUUCUCAACAUCUCCCAUAUCACGUCCUAGCCGACCGUGGGAGGACGCCACAGAAAUGAAUCAGACACCUCGUAAGCGCCCACAUGAAGAGGUACCCGACACCGUCGAGGAGGCAGAAGAGGUUGACGAACUUGAGGCUCCAUUGCCUGAGGCGGUGCGUUCACCUGACAGUGAGGCAGCCGAGACCAUGGUUGAGCUGUCCACGGAGAAGCUCAGGCGCGAGCCACAAGAGCAAGCCAGACCGGUGCCAGUCGAGAAACUCGCCACUCCGGUCACUGCAUCGACGACGCCGUUAAGCACCGCGACCUCAUCCAUGCGAGGCUUUUUUGUCAAGUCAGAAGUCAAUGCCACCUUCGCCAUCCGCCCCUUCAACGUCGAUGAGGAUACGGACAUGGCAGGCCUCAAUGAUCGCCUCGUCACGCGAGCGAUGAAGCUCUGCCUCGAACCCGCAUCCCCGCCGCUGGGCUCCGUGGGAAACAUCUCCUCGUCCUCAUCCACCUCUUCGUCAGCGGCCAAGGAUCAGAAGCCGCACGCCGUUCGACUCGCCCAGCUGCAAGGCUCCGCGAUGGGUGGGCUCCAGUACAACCGUGCCGACGGUGUCCUCGACGCCUGUUCCUCUGGGCUGAUCGCCGUACGGGCCGCACGCAAGAUGGCAGCAGCGACUGCCGCUCUGGAGGCGGAUGCGCUCCUGCUCUGCUACCUUGACGGACUUCGCCAAGGCAACACAGACAGCUCACCCUUGGCAGCCGCCUCGUCCAAGAUCGCAGCCACGAGCCUCUCUGGACAACUUUCGCGCGACGCAGCAAGGCGACGAUGCGUCCUCUUCGCUGUGGACCGCUGGCACGCCUUCGCCUUUAAUGCUCCGCACGUCAUGCACGAACGCAUGCUUCCCACCGGUACCCUCUCGCACGAAGGACUCAUCCAGUCGCUUGGUGACCUCUCUGCCAAUCCACUCGAGACUGUCCCUGCCGAAGUGAUGCGCUGCGCUCUCAUGUUCGGCUCGCUCAACGAUCUGGCUCAUCAACACGGUGGAUGGAAGAAUGUCACCGUGGACGACUGCGAGUCUAUCAUUCACAGCUGCGGUGCGAGCGAGGACGAUGAUCCUGCGCCGACCUCUUCGUCUAGCGACAGCCCCCCGGGCACCAAGACCAUCUACUCGAUGCAAGCCUUCCGCUACUCGUUGCGUGGCGCUGUUCGCCUCUAUUACCGCAUGCAGACCCUCCCGCACUCCACGACCACGACGCUCAAGACGGUCAGUACACUCGUUGAGGUGCUCGAGGAGUGCAUACUAGCAGGCAAGGCAAGGACACCGGUGGACCCGCAGACAUUGCUGAUGCGGUCGUACGUCGGGCCACACAUCUUCGCCCUCGCGGCCUGCGCCCUGCUCUGGCUCAGUCGCGCUGUCACGCUGUUGGGCAAGCAGCGUUACGAGGGCAGGCGAGACCCUAGUCGGCAGCAGGAUGAUGACGGCACGCAGCUCGAGUACCUUCGCCGCCUUGUCCAGGAUUACAGUCGCAUGAUUGGCUCGCUCACCUUCUUUGCCAGCACCUCUGGCGACAGCAAGCCCGGAUGCCCGCCCUCGGUCCGCCCCCUCUACCUCCGCAUCGCCGCCUUCAAUCAUCACGCCACGGUCUCUUACUUUGCCGCACUCGGCAAGGUGUCCUCAGCGAGUGCAGAAGAGCUUCCCGAGAACAGCCCGCUGCACGACUCACUCGAGGUGCUCCGCGAGGAGGUGGAUGGGAGGGCCGACUUCUUUGCUGAGAUGGGGCCGUUGGGGCUCGUCCUGGCUACGACGACGAGCAAGGAGGCUUGGGCUAUGAUUGGUCAAGAGGAAGGGAUGUUGCCUGUUUAAGAGUCUCGCGAUUUGCACUUCGUCUCUGCGCUUUUCCUUACCUAGCUUCUUCCGAAUGCUUUCUCAUAUACCUACGAAUCGUGCGUAUUGUCCGACUCAGCGAAAUGAAGUUAAUCCAAGCGAGAUGAGAUUGCGUGCAAGCAUUGAUUAGCAAAGGCAAUGAUUGUAUGUACACGCGCGAGGGCCGGCUCCUGGCUCUCGGCCUUGCUAUCUUCUCUCCCUGUGCCCUCUACAUAGAUCCUCCGCCUACUCCACCCGCUGAUACGCCAGCAGAUACGCAUUCUUGCAGCGCAGAACCUCCUCAAGCGUAGCCGUCCGCACCAUCGUGUCUGAACAAUGCACCCACUGCCUGGGCUCAGCGUCAAAGGUCGAAGGGGCUGU